CUGUGCAGCGACGUUCACACCGAUUGCAAAGCGAGUCAUUGUAUAAAAUAGUCAUUAUAUACAAUGCUUUUCUUUUACUAGUCGAUGGCCACUAAAUUAGAACGCUAGUUAGAAAAAAAGUAUCGAACACUUGUGACACUGUGCAGUGAUUCUUCAAGCGCCUGGGAAUUUUCGGGCAAAAGGGACACAAAAUCUACAGGAUAUUUAAUUUUAAAAUAAGAAGCGAUGAGAUUUAAGAUUUGUAAAAAUACGUCCGUGGGAUUUGACGAUAUCUUUGAUUGAACAACAAAAGAAUUAUAAAACAGAGAGUUCUAAAGCUGAGACUAAAUCAAUGCCAAAAGAAAAAAGAAAAGGAACUUAUCACAUUUCUGUCAAUCGUCAAAGUGCGAUGUGUGGUAGAAGGAUUUAGAAGAUUAAGAAGGACUAGAAAACUCAUUUUAAUCCUGACACUCUAGCAUCAGACACGUGUCAAUAGCCUGCGAGUUUUUACUUUUUAUUUAUUAGUGCAGGUGAUCGAUCGUGUAAAAUGAAUAAUUUCCUUCGUAGCUAAUUUACGCCACUCUAUCUUUAUUAUGACAAGAUCAAAUCUGCGCAUACCAACACCAGAUUACGUUACAUUUGAAUAUUGUGCACGCCGCGCAAGUUACCGCUAAAAUUCGUCGUUACGAUGCAUAAGCGGCGGAUUAUUUCGCAGAUUUCCUCGAGGAUUAUCAAAGAAUCGAUGUCCUGUCUGUCAAUGCAUUGGGCCGUGAUAUAUCGAUGUAACGUUUUAAUACCCGAGCUAUUAAUCAUGAUCGACGUAACUGUAUUGUAGACACAUUACGCAAUUAUCGUCAACUUCAAUCUCCAUAUCACGUAGAACUCUCUCAAUACGCCUUUUCCGCUUACGCCUUGCACUCUAUGCAUUUAAUCACAGUCGCUUAGAGAUAACGAGAUUCAUACCGUACAUCUGGUACAGCCGGCGGAGUUAAUUCCAAACCGCAGAAAUUUGUAGAAAAACCUUAUUACAUGAUGCGAUCAAUAAUUAUGCAAAAACCAUCUGUUCGCGAUACUUGUUUGUAGAAAAUAAUUAUUUAAUAACUACGUGCUAUGCAGUUAUUACAUAUCUAUAUUUUAUACCACAUUUAUAAUCAAUAUCAGAUCGUUGAUUUCGUUCCUGCAGUUUGGGUGUCGGCAAACGGGUGUCGAAACGGCAAGAAUUAAGUAACCGGCCCAGCAAUUUGCAUAUUUCGUAUACUUAUUAAAGAAUCUUUCAACGAAAGUGCUUUACCGAUUUCCAUGCUAAUUCCAUCGCGGUCAUUCAUUAACGAUAAUAUCUGUCGCGUUUUAUCGUCGAAUUUCGCAUUAGCAGCGCAAUACCGCCACGCCUCUCUAAUUUCCGGGCCGAACCGCUCGUAGAUGCGUCAAUGGUGUUGCGUUAUACGACACGAUUAUUCCGUGGACGACAGAUAGGAAUGCACUCGAUACGAUAUGCGGUUAUCGCGACACUCUCGUCUCGUCUUCUUCUAGCCGGUGUGCACGCCGGCUUAACGACCGACAACUCACGGCAUUUCGAUCCGUUCAUCUGAGCGGGGCGCACGCUCGCUCCAUUCCUAUCCUCUCGCUGCCAGUGUCUACCUGUUGCUCGCACGGCGAAGACUGCUUCAGUUCUGUCUAUGCCGCGAUGCGACAUCGCGCAUUCUUUUCGCGCGUCACGCAGUGAAUUUUUAUCAUAUAUAGUUGAAAAGCUGCAAGACGAUAAAGAGUGCAGUAACUAUUGUUCGUCGUAUCUCUUAUCGCACAUGUGUGACGUGCACGAGGGUGUUUCGAGUACCUUUGUCGCGCAUCGCGGGUGAUUCAGGUGCUUCUCGGCACAAGCACGGAGGACUUAGUGCCGCAGCUGCUGGGCAUGUUCGACGAGCUGGCGCGCCGCGGCGGUGGCUACGACGGCGUUGAAGUCCUGCCGUCGUCCUGCGGCAUACCCGCGGCUCUGCAGAAGCGUCUGAGCCUGAUGCCGGCUGCCCAUCGGGACUCCAUAUUCGGCCAGCUCUGCACGAACGGCGACCUAGCCAAGUCCACGCAUCAGGACAAUCUGAAGAACAAGCAGCAGGAAAGCGCCGAGUACGACGAGAUCGCGGACACCACUGAUAACAGCAUGCUGGAGCAAACGGUUGUCUCGAUGACGUCGCUGGAAGACGAGCGUAAUCACGGCGAGACGACGGAGAAACCGAUGUACGAGAGGCGGGAGACGAACGGCCUCACGCCGCUCAGGUACAAUCAACGACGCAGGAACAACGGUAGACCGCUUUCCGGAAGCUCGAUCGCAUCCAGCACGUCGUCGAGUAGCGGCAGCAAUCAGGGCAACACCGGCGCCGCGAAUCCGUAUCUCGCGUCCGUCGAGUCGCUGGCCGACACAUGCGCGAGCUCGCAGGGUUCCGCGGACAGCGGCGUCGUGACCGUCUCCGAGGCCAGCUGUCGGAUUCUGAAUAAUGACAACGGCCCGAGGAGGGACAGCGCGAAGGAGGAUCCCGCGUGCCACAGGCCGCGCUAUCCCGUCGAGAGGGUGCUUCUGGAGAUCGUGGACACGGAGGCGAUAUACGUCGAUCAUCUGCGCCAGGUUAUUCAGGGCUACCUCAUAUUCUGGAAGGACAAUCCGCCGUCGUUCGCGCGUCAGCUGCAUCUCGGUGAUCUGUUCAGCAAUAUCGAGGACAUCUUCGAGUUUAAUAGGGAAUUUCUGCGGGAGAUCGAGAAGUGCGGGCUGGAUCCGGUUUGCGUGGCGAACACGUUCAUCAAGCAUAAUUCGGGAUUCAAAGUGUACACCGAGUACUGCACCAAUUAUCCGAGAACGGUUUCGGUGCUGACCGACUUGAUGGGCCGGGAGGAGACCGCGUCCGCCUUUCGCGAACGGCAAACGGCACUGGGACACGCAUUGCCGCUCGGAUCGUUCCUUCUCAAGCCGGUCCAGAGGAUUCUCAAAUAUCACCUGCUCCUGGAAAAUCUGUCGAAGGAGUACGGCGCCGAUUGCGACUCGAGGGAGAACGAGACUGAGGGCAGAAGCGCCAUCGAGGCCGCCCUUACCGCGAUGACUGGAAUAGCGAAGCACAUUAACGCCAUGAAGAGGCGGCACGAGCACGCCGUGCGCGUCCAGGAAAUUCAGUCGCUUCUGUAUGGUUGGCUGGGGCCAGACCUAACUACAAGUGGCGAAUUGGUCGCGGAGGGUCGGUUCAGGAUGCAGGGAGCUAAGGGUCCGAGGCACGCCUUCCUCUUCGAUCGAAUGCUUCUUCUGACGAAGAAGAAGGAAGAUGGUCUUCUCGUUUACAAGGCUCAUAUUAUGUGUUCAAAUUUAAUGCUGAUUGAAAGUAUCCCGGGCGAGCCAUAUAACUUUCAUGUAAUACCUUUCGACAAUCCUCGGUUGCAGUACACAUUACAAGCGCGCAAUUUACAACAAAAGAGAGAAUGGACUUUACAAAUAAAGAGAGUAAUAUUAGAUAAUUAUAAUGCGGUUAUUCCCUCGCACGCGGUACAAUUAGUGUUACAAUUAGGUCAAACGCAACAAGAAGACGACGCGUUGGCGGAUAAAGGAACGAUGAAGAAGCAUUUCGCUCCUCCGGAAUAUUUGGAGAAACGUAAACAAGAGAGGGAAAGACGUAGAUCUGAAACUGGUCUCAGGCAAAGGUUCAAGAGGGGUGUCAGAAAAUCUGACGCUACGAUAGAGAGUUCACCUGCGUCGUCACGUAAAACCGAUAACGAAGACGCUGCUCUUAAUGACUCCAGGGAGCAACCUCUUAACAGGUCUUCGGAUGUACGCACUUCGAAAGUCAAAGAUCGCUUUACCGGCUGGAGACGAAAAUCAGAACCAGGUUUCCAGUCGUACGUGUGCCUUAAUCAGUCCGACGAAGAGCAGAAAGAGGAGACCACCGGCGAUGCUCAAUCUACAACAACCAGGAACGAAGAAGUGCCGGAGAUUCGUAUCGAGGAAGACAAUCAGACGACAACGUUGAACUCUUCGCCACCGGCCGAAGCCAAAGACAAUAAUAACGAACAGCAUGCUACCUCGACACAAACGGUCGAGGAGAUUGUUGGCCACAUUCUCAUGCAGAACCGAGAGUUCCAGAGGCUGCUGGAGAAACAGCGAACCAACAGCAUCAUCAAUGUGCGACAGCAGCGCUUCAAUAAGCGCAUCUCGGCGGACACGUCAGACGAGAGUGAUACGGAGAACGCUAAUUAUAUCACCAAUUCGACAAAUCACAGUAAUAAUAACAAUAAAUUGGGACGCGCUCGGGCGAUGCAUCGGGAGCAGCGUCUAGUCAGGACGAACAACGCGUGGAACUCGCUGUCCUCGGCACCAGCGCGGGACAGCCAGCAGCCGCUGCAGCUCUUCUACGACAAUCUGAAGACCACCCAGAAAUCAGCGGAGACAACGACCGCGCGGAACGGCAAGGCGAAUCAUAUUCACGAGAAACGGGCGCUCUUCGAGUCGUUCAAACGGCAAAGCAUCGUCACCGAGAGCAAGGUGAUCAAAACAGCACUGCGUAUCCGCGAGAACUCGUCGUCGACGAGCAACGAAGAGACCACGCAACCAUCCCAGUCGACGUGCGAGUCGAAUCAUCGAGUGGAGCGAAAGGAGAUCAAUUCCACGACGACAGACCGAAUAGAAACGGACGAAUCGGAACGACGCGACGACGAGAGGAGCGAUGCAAACGACGUGACGAACGUCGAAUCCAAGGGUUUCGGUAACUACGACAAUCUGCAGCACGUCUGGGAUGGUCUGCAAACGACGAAGGACGGCAACGACAGUCCGACUCAACCUGCCGUCUGGCUUACUAAAUUGUGCGAAGGUCUGCCGACGUCGCCGCCGAAGUGCGGCUCGCUGCCGCGCAGCUUCCAGAUAAGUCCAAACUCGCAGCCGACGAGCGUGACGAAGUCGCGAUUUCUGCAGCGUGAUGGUAAACCGAUGAGCGAGCGGCCGUUCACGAUCGCGUCUGACAAGCCAGCGGAGAUCAAUCUGGAGGACAUGGAGAGGUACGCGUCGACGUGCCAGCCGGAAGGUAGGAUCGCCAAGUUUCCCAUGCCGGCUACAUCGACGAGCUCCAGCUCGUCCACCUUCUUCUGCUCGCUGGAGGACACACGAAUCACCGACGAUGCGUACUCCGACAUGCGUAUGUCCACCAGCCACAGCGCGAACAUUCAUCCGGAUCACAAGAUCUAUCGGACGAACGGUAGCGCCAUCUUCCGCAACGUCUUCUCCAAGGCGGGCAGCCGUCUACAGGGUCGUCUGAGGAACACCAUGAGCACGGAAACGCUAGAGUGCAACGACGAGCUCGAACGGACACGCUACUUCCGCUCGAUGAGCGCCGGAAGUAAGGGCCUGAAGAAGCGGACCAAGCAAGCGAAGCAGCAGGCGAGGGAACCGUCCUCCGAUGUGGAGGAGCUGGUAGGCUGCGCGAGCACCGGAAUCGCCGAUCAACGAGUUCCUCAACUUUACUACAAGCAAGGUAGUUCCAGCCUGGGCGCCAGAAUCGCGCAGUCGGACUAUGCCGAUCCAACGAUUCUCUUCGCCGAGAGCAAACGUAUGCAGGCUUCCACCGGCGACGUCAAUCAGAUAAAAAAAACCGAGGAAGCGGAGGAUAGGAAUUGCGAGGAGGACGAGGAGACGAGCAGCGGCAAGGACGUGGAACGUCGCGAAAGCGAGACGGACAGCUUCUACGAGAGGAGCUUCGAGACCAUCGAGAAUUACGUGGACGCCGAUGUGGAUGAGGCGUUCCGGGACAGUGCAAUAUUUAGCGAUGUCGAUGACGUGUUCGUGACGCGACAGCCGACGACAACGACGACGACGACGACGACAACGGCGUCGGUAAAGACGUCGGCGGCGAAAAUGAAAAUUGCGCCGCCUGUGCCCGCUAAGAAGAAGCAAGAAUCGUCCUUGGUGUCUUCGGUGAGGUGCAAGCCGAGCAUCGCGCAGAAACCGAAUUUCUUGAAGAUAAAAUCGGUGUUGGCGAAGGGGCACACCGUCGGUGAUUCGGAGACUAAAAUCACCGCGAGGUUGUCGGUGAACAUGGCUCAACAAUUGCAGAAUGACUCACCGAGUAUCGAGACGGACAGAGAUGUCUCCGCGGGACAGAGCCAAGCAGGCUGGGUGCGGAAGAUAGUGGGCCAGCUGCAGAGUCACGUCGAGACGUGAUCGUAAACGCAUCGAGGAGUUACGUAUCGAAAGCCAAUAGAAAUUUCGAGUCAUAGGCCGUGUGGGUCUUGUGGAUAAAAGUGAAGCAAAUGCUCUUAGAAGCAGGCGACCGCAGCAUUUGUCUCAAUUGUAAAAUAAAAAUUUUUUAUUCACUGAUUUUAUACGAAAAUAAUGAAGCUCGUUAAAUUUGGAGCAUCAUCUGGGUUUCAAGAUACUGAUUAGAAAAAUAAUUUUACUCGUAUUUUAUAAAAAUUAAAAUUAAUAAUUUGAUAAAAAUAUUUAUGCAUACAAUAAAAAAAUGUUAUUUUACAUUUUGACUAAAAUAAAUUGUAAAAAGGUGAGUGUCUAAACAAAAUUUCUCUAAUAUUUUUAAUUCGAUAUUUCUCAUCAUUUUUAUCGAUAGAUGAAAGUAAAAGCGUUUGCUUCGCUUUUUUCAUAUAACUUAUUGUUAGAAAUUGGAGAACAAACUGGAGUUCUAUUUUGAAGUUUUUCACAUGUGCCUGGAAUAGCGUUAACGUGAUACCAUUAUACUAUAACGAAUCCAUAUCUCAUUUAAUGUUAACGUGUAAGUAAUGAUAAAAGAGUCGCGCUCGUGUUGUACUUCAUAAGAACUUAAAAAAUUAUGCUAUGUUCUCAAUUAAUAUUUACUUAUAGACUGUUGAUGUGUAUAUUAAGUAUUGUUUGAUAUUACUUAUGUUAUAUAGAAUAUAUAAGAAACAGUUUUUAAUUAAACAAAGCAUUUAUG